UAGUAUUUGAUGUCGUACCGUGUUGGAAGCUUGUGCCAAAUCUAGAGUUCAAAAGUGAAUUGAAUGUGUAAAAUAGUUAAAAACUGCAAACAUUUUCAUCGCGGUGAGAUCAACGAAAGAUAUAACUGUCAACGUAUUGUGCGUACGACCUGAUCAUCAUUCCAGUGCCCAAAAACGUUCCAGUUCGUGGGAGUGUUCUAGAACUGACUGCGUCGAAAAGGCCUCGUGAUCGUCGCAACAAGAAAAACAGAAAAAAUGUUUUGCACAGGCUUGAUAUUGAGCACUACGAGGACCCCACAGAAAUGCCUGACAUUGACAACAUAGACUACAACGACAGAAGUGAUAUGAGAGAUGCAAAUUAUUUUUCAUAUGACAACAAUUAUGGCGAAGAUAAGAUUGUGGGUGGAAUUGAAGUUGACAUAAACCUGUACCCUUACCACGUGUCUUACGGUACCAACUGUGGCGGCGCAAUUAUUGAUAAGAAAUGGGUUCUCACCGCUGGACAUUGUGGCAAGAAACCCUACGUAAAAGUUGGGUCCAAAUAUCUGAACCAAGGGAAAAAAGUCGAUGUAAAAGCAUAUCAUGUACACCCGAAUUGGGGAGCGAAGAACAAGGAGCAUCCCUUCGACUACGACUUCCAACUGUUGGAAUUGAAACAACCGUUGAAAUUUGACGAGAACAUUCAAGCAGUUAAGCUAGCGCAUAUCGAAGACAUGGUCAUUGGUAAAGUGGUUACAGUUACCGGAUGGGGUAACACAGAGGAGAAUGGUCCCUAUUCAAAUGUACUGAGGGCUGUUAGAGUACCCAUCAUAUCGAAGGAGAACUGCCAAAACGUACCUUUCCCAUACUUCAGGGGUGGACUUACUUCUAGAAUGUUCUGCGCUGGCUUCUCGGAAGGGAAAAAGGAUGCUUGCCAGGGUGAUUCUGGUGGUCCAGCGGUUGCCUACGAUCGUUUACUUGGAAUGGUGUCCUUCGGAUAUGGCUGUGCAACACCAGGCUCCUAUGGUGUAUACUCAAAAGUCCCUAAAGUCCGUAACUGGAUCGAAAAAGUCACCGGUCUCAGUUUCCCUUAAAAAAAAAUAUUAUUAAAGAUUGCUUUUGAAGUCUG